UUAUGAUUAUUAGAUAUUAUUAUUAUUACAAAAAUUGUCAUACAAUUGUCUAGACUGUUCUGUUAAUUUAACAAUAUUAAUUGUGAAAAUGCAACGUGCUGCAACAAUAAUUUCUCGCCAAAUGGCAUCAUUGAGCCAAGUCAGAAUGGCUGGUGAAGCUGGAUCUGGUGCUGGUAAAGGAGGUGGUGGUGGUGGUUCAAUUCGUUCAGCUGGUGGAUCAUUUGGUAAAAUGGAAGCUGCUCAUGAAGAUCAGUAUUUUUACAAUCAGCAAAAACAACAACUUCAAAAUAUUCGUGAUGGACUUCAUGAUGAAAUAUCAUUUCAUGAGGAACAAAUAAAACGUCACCAAGAAGCUAUCGCCCGUCACAAGGAAAGAAUUGGCAACAUGGAAAAAAAAUAAAUCUGUAUUUGUAAUUAAUAACAGCUUAAUUUUUCUAUUUUCUUUAUAUUUUUUUUUUUCGUAAAAUUCAUUCGUCAACAACGAUUUAACUCAAAUAUACAAUAAUUUCUUUCUUUUUUUGCUAUAAAAAAUAAAUAUUGUAUUAUUAUUGUUAAACAAAAUGUCAUA